AUGGAAAAGAUCAAAUCCUUGAUCCUAUCCUGUGCAAAAGUAUCGUACUCGUAUAAAUGCAUUACAAAUUUCCUCAGCAUGAGAAAGAAAAUUUGUAAUGCUGAUUUACCUUAAGAAGAAGAUGCAUGAAUGCAAUUACUACGAGUACGAUACUUUUGCACAGGAUAGAUCCCUAUGAUCGACAAGUUCCGAGAAAAAAUUUUCGCGGACUACUUCAAAAACCUCGAGGAAAAGCAGAACCAGCCGAAAGCAGGUUACUUCAACUUGGAGAGAAAACCGAGGUUUUUUGUCGACGACGAAAUAGUGGAAGAUGAUGUUGUAUCCAGAGCAAAUAUGUCUGGGUCUGGCAAGAAUGGGAUUUGUGAUGCUAACUGUCGACGAUAGAAAAAUCUGUAUUGCAUGAGAAACAAAAGGUGCUUGAAUUUUUGUCACCCGGAGAGGGCAUCUCUCAUGCAGAAUAGGCAUUAGCAAGGCUUUACGAGAACUGUGAUGCUAUCGCAUGCAUCACAGGCAUCUUGGGGCAUGUACAAUUGUGCAUGACAAACUCCCCGAAUCUUCCAGACCCAGACAUACUUGCAUUUGAUAUGUUGGUCAAGAGCAGAAGAGGAAAAAGAACGUCAACGGCAGGCUGUUCCGAAAAGAUCCACCACCUUGGUCGGAUUCCUCCGUGUAUUACCAGUUGCAGCAGCAUCAGAUGCAAAAUUUCAUCAAUGCGGUUCCUGGGCAAGCUGCUCAAGCUGCAACACAAAUUUAUCUUCCAAUCUCCAGUGAAAAUCAGCAAUACCUGCAACUACUCCGACAAGAGUCCCCCUUCGGUCUGGGUAACGAAGCCAACACGAACAUCGUCCCCGCGAUCCCCCCAAACUACUUCGGCAACGGGCUACCUGCAACCUUUCUCCCCGGCGCCGGGCCGGAAAAAGCGCCGUUUCUGUUCGGCCGGAUCCCGCGGACCUACGGUUUCUUCGGGAACGAUGGGAAGGUGCAGAGACAGCAACUCGCGAACAACUUAAUGAUGCUGGAACAGCAGGGAGUCCUCCAGGGCGCGGGCGCUGCGGCUGCGCAGCUCGUGAAUCUCUACGCCUUUCAAAAAGACGACGAACACUAUUUGGUCCCGGCGCUGCAAACUGCGUUGUGGCUAACCGAGAGAAAAUUGGCGUUGACGCCAUGUUUGGAGCUGGAAAAGUGCCCGUUUUUGGAUGCGAAGUCCGAACAACUAGUCGCGCAGAAAUCCGAGGGAACUAGCUUAUCUUCCUGCAGCCCGUUCCGUUGUAUCCGGACGUACAACUUAUCAACUGUAAAAGUGUCUGGGUCUGGAAGGAUCCGAACUUGUGAUGCGAGUUGCGGAUCAUACAAAGAUCUGUGUUGCGUGACUGCUGGCAAAAGGUGCUCACUUCUGGCCAUGCUGAGAGGGUAUUUCUCAUGCAGAAUAGGCAUCACGAAGGGGCUGCAGAACCUGUCACGCUAGGCCCCGCAUUUCAGACUUGACAGAGCCUGGAAAAAGUGCAUGACAAAUUUCGGAAUCUUCCAGACCCGGACAUUUUUACAAUGCACACAACUACCUGUUGAACAAUUGCCGAGUGGUUUUCCAGGGUCUCGGUCAACCCGUGCCCAACGUGAUUUUAGACGUGUUGGACCAGGUUGACGCUUUCUUAGAAAACCGCAACCCGCCGGAGAUGUAUCUGGAACUCGCGCCCGCGUUGGAAGAUCUUUGGCGGCAGGUGAGACCGAUUCUUGGGUUGACCAGUCCGGCCGCGGUGAGGAAUGAAACUUUGUGUGAGCAGGAGGAAAUGUUGCUGAGGCACAAGAGUGGGGCUGGCGCCAAGUCUGCAAAAACUUUAUCUGCUAGACCAUCGUCUUCAACACCCUCUUCAGCCCCAGUUCUGCCGCUAGUAGGCCUGGAAAUCGACAACGAAUCUGCGAUGCUGAGCGCAGGAGGAGCAACUGCUGGUGCACGAACAACACCUGGAGGUACUACUAACUACGAACAGCAAAUCAUAGAUCUCAUCACGAUCGCGGUAAAAGACCACGGAUACAGGAGGUUGGACGUCAAGCCGGGUAUGGAGAAGAUUGUCGCGGCGGCGUUUCGAGAAGAUAAUUUUUAUCGCCAACAAGAUUCAACAAACUAUCCAGCGUUAGGAAAGUUCUACAACGCCGUCGACCUGGUUUUUCAAUUCACCGGAUCCGGGUCCUCUGAGCAAUUCCAGAAUUUCGAACAGAAGCAAAUUGCUUGCUUGCUGGUGAACUUUCAAGACUUUGUCCCAGUGGAACAGCUGGCGCAACUACUGCUCUUAACUAACGAUAAACAGGAGACCGCUGCUGUGCAGCAGCAACAGAACAACAAUCUGAAACAGGAGCUGCUAACCGUGUUGUUGCAAGUGUGGCAAGCCGCGGAACAGCUGGUAGACGCGAACAGGGUGAAGUAUUUGGGAAUUCAGUAUCCCACGGGAAUCACGAAUAGUGGGGAGUUGGGGAGGAGAAUAGUGAAAGAGUUUUUCAACAGCGAAUUAUUAAAAACCCAAAUCCGACACCAACCGCGAGUGGUCAAAACGGACAGCAUAUGAACCGCAAAAGUAUCCUACUCGUAUAAAUGCAUAUACAAAAUUCCUCACCAUGAGAAAUAAAAUUUGUAAUGUGGAUUUGCCUUAAGAAAAAGAUUUGUAAUGCAAGACUGGCAGUUAUACGAAUGCGAUACUUUUGCACAGGAUACAGCACCAACGGACUUCACGUUUACAGCGAUGCACGAGGUGGAGGUGGAGGGACGAGCAGUAGACCACCUUCGGGGCCGCAGGUGGAACAGCUCCUUGGUGACCACGUGCAAGCAGGCGUCGAACUCCCUAGAAUACAAACCAUCGCCUCGAAGUUAACCUCCACGUCCUUGACUUUGCUCAGUCCGGAGUACGAUCCGCACGUUGUAAAAAUUUCCCAGUACAACGGACGAACCACGGCUUUCAUUCUCCACCGGUGGGCGUUACAGCAUGAUUUGUCCGUAUCCGUUGGGAUGGACUUGGCGUUGAGACAGUUGACCGACAGGAUUAUUUCUGAAGGACAUACUUCUAGUGGUGCUGGUGGUAUUGGUGGCCAUAAUUUUGUCCAUGUCGACCUAGUUCCCAGAAUGCUAACCGCCGACUUAGGCACCACUACAGUUGUUCCUGCUGCAACAGCAGAGGAAGAUGUAGCAUCAACCACUCCGACAGCAGAAGUUCAAGAUCUCUCGUCAGAAUUCGAAGACGAGCAGGGCCGGAGCAUCGCCUGCAGCACACCACCGAAGGUAAAAGAGAACAUCGACGACGUGGGGGGAAGGUCUGGGUUUGGAGCUGCUUCUACUAACACCUCUUCUACUCAACAAUCUGAUCGUACAACUGGGAAAACGCCGAUAAAUAAACGGAGAAAAACCACAGCAAAGAACAACACAAAUCGCAUAUCGACCCGGCAGAUGAUGAUGCUGGAUAGUUUGUCGACUUUGGUCAGUUCUAUCAAAUGCAAAUAUGUUUCGGUCUGGACGCGUCUGAGUUUGUCAUGCUAGAUCUGAUCGACGCAAAAUUCUCUAUUGCAUGACAAGCAAAAGCCCCCACUUUUGGCUACCCAAAGGCAGCAUUUCUGAUGCGGAAUAAGCAUCGAGGAACCUUUUCAAAACUUCUUGUGAUGCUAGAGCACGCAUUCCAAACAUUCUGGGUCAUGCGCAACCUGCAUGACAAACCUUGCGGCUUCCAGACCCAGACAUAUUUGCAACGCAUAAGUUCCAGUGGAACGCAAAUCCGGAACUACGUGCACGGAGCAAGUUCGACGUCAAGCGAUACUAGCGAUCUCUUGACCACAGGUGGCAUUGGCAAAGAUGAAAACGAAGACCAAAAAACCGAUUAUGACUUCGACCUAUGAACUGCAAAAGUAUCGUAUUCGUAGUAUUGCAAUACAAAUUAGCUCAGCAUGACAAAUGGAAUUUCUCAUGCUGAUUUAGCUUGAAAAAGAAAUUUGUCUUGCAUGACUGCGAUUAGUACGAGUACGAUACUUUUGCACAGCAUACGACCUGUUCCAACUGAAAAAAGCCGCGACGGAGCGCAGCAACGCGGCGAACUAUGGAAGUGUCAGGAUUGAAAUUAUCGACAAAGUUAAGUAACUUGUAAUGCAUAGAAUCGAUACCACUUUUCCCCACAGUUUCUAGUCAGUGCAUGACAAAUUUUGUCCGUACCACAAGCCAGUUUGUCGCGCUGUUUAGGGCGAUGGGGCUCCCCUCUGUCAUGCUAAUCAGCAGCCCAAUGCCCGACCCUUACCAGCACUACAAUCUGCCUCCCUCGCGUCCUCUGCAAUAGAGGCAGUCUCUGCGUUGCCUUUUGUGCAUGACAAACUAUUUCAACUUUGAGGAUUGCAAUCCUGACGCUUCCAUACGAGCGAGGUGGAAAUCAUCGAGGGCUGUAAGGAAGUUCCUCCGACUAUCGUAAGGAAGAAUCGCCCCUCCCCAUAUUGAAAACGCAUCCGUCUGAAAAUUUGUGAUGCAGAUUUGUGGCCACAAAUCGCGUCUGUCUUGCAAGAAAGCAGGUCCAGUCUGUCCGCCACGUUUGCAGGCGAUUUGUAAUGCUGUAAUGCCUAGAGGGCAGCGCAGCCGUCUACCAUGCUAGGCACCUACACCAAGAGGCCCCUACUGAGGCUUGCGAUCUGCGUGCAGUCCUCUACUGCAGCACAAAUUUGAUCUGUGUAUCCAAAUCUGGCAUCAGAAAUUUCGUUUUGAUAUGGAGAGGUGGGAUUUUUCCGCUUGAUACCGACCGGGCCGCAAAUGCAGCGAUUGGGGAUAGAGCAGAUGAAAGUGCAGCAGCAGAUAGACACUAAACCAAUCCCGGUCACUCCCUAUACGAGGAAUGUCGGGAGAGACUGCUGGGCGAAGCUCUGGGUCCAUGUGGGUUGCUUGGAAGCGACGGUGCCAAAUUACACGGAUUGGCACGCGGAGCAGAGCUACCUGGCGCUGCUGCAGGACGCGGGGAAUUGGGCAACGCUGGAGGAUGAGACGCAUCGGAAGACCUGUUAUGGGAAAGCGAUGGGGAGGUAGAAGUUGACCGUCGUAGGCUCUGGCAGCAGUGGUGAGAGUAAUACAACAGUUGUUCCCGCUCUUGCUCUAGUAGUUUGGUCCUCAACUUUUUCAGAAUCUUCUUCUACACGACCGGAGAGGGAGACGAUCUUACAAAAUUAACAAUCUACUGCGCACGCAUAAUUCUUGAUAUUAGUCACACCAGUCUGUAGCGAAAUAAAAGCGACAUGCUCAAAUGAAC